CAUAUCUCGAUUUACUUCCGGAAAUCCUGCUUGUCGUUCACUGCGGUCGUGACACGUAAUCCGCCCUCAAACACAUGAAAACUGAUAUUUUUAGAACACUAUCGUUAGUUGUACUGUUAUAUGUUUAACUCGAUUGCUCCGCCAAUUUGAAAGAUCCAGUACAGAAUCUUUCAUUUUAGCGUUUUAGUUUGAAACCACGCCAUACUACACUGAUCUUUUGUCCAAUAUAUUUACAAGCGAAGAUGGCGACUGUCAAGACCUACGUGAUACUAUCUGCUUUCCUUAUUCUGUUUGUUGCAAAAUGUAGUGCCGAAGACGCAUCCAUCACUCAGCAAGUCCAACAGUUUAUGAAACAGAUGCGUCUGAAUAUACGAGAGGGAUGGAAGGCAUUUACCAAAACAAUGCAGCCACAUGUAGAUAAAUAUCUUACUCCAUAUUUACAAGGUUUCUAUACUUUUACUGAUGAAACAUCAAAAGAAUUGUUUGGCAUGGAAGCUGCCAAGCUCCCAAGGCAUGCAGAGAAGAAUACACCUGAAAUUGUUACAGCGGUUUUGACAUCAUUCUGGUUAAUAUUAGCUCUAGUUGUUGCCGUAAUGUCUGGUGCUGGGUCAAGUUUAUACAUUUCCGCAUUUUUAUUUCUGUUAUAUGGAAUAUUUGGUGCAUCGUGGUGUCUUAAAAGAGUAAUUUAUACAUCAGGUUUGUUCUGUACCUGUUCAAUGUGAUGGCUAACAACCCAGUAGCCACAGCUUGUACCUUGAUUUCUGUCUACAUCAUUAGAAGGCUCUUCAUUAGACAUUCCAGGGACUUGACCAUACGCGAGUUGAACCACGCCACCUACGCAUUAAAUGCUAAAGUCAAUGAGAUAGAUGAAAGACUUGACAAUCUGGACAGCAGAGUUGAGGAGAUAUCACAUCAACUUGAUCGCAAAUAAUUGCAAGAAAUUAUUGAUGAAAAGUAAAAUGAUGUUUGGUGCCAAACAUCUACCUAUUUUUUUUCUUGAUCCUAUUUAUUUGCUGUAUUUGGCUGUA